UUGACCGCUAGAUUUGCUAUCAGAUCUCUUGACCAUCUGGUGCUGAGCGUGCGGUCGAUUCCUACUACGGUGACUUUCUACACCUCUCAUCUCGGAAUGCGACACGAGGUCUUCACUUCUCCGAGCAGUCCCAACAUUCAACGUCACUCUCUGAUGUUUGGAUUGCAGAAGAUUAAUCUCCACGAGAUUGGGAAGGAGUUCGAGCCCAAGGCCCAGAAUGUGAUGCCAGGCAGUGCAGAUCUCUGCUUCUUGACCGGAAUGAGGGUCACCGAGGUGAAGAAAGCCCUUGAAGAGGAGCGCAUCGAGCUGCUGGAGGGUGGUGAAAUUGUGCCGCGCACCGGGACUCGGGGUAAGAUCCACAGCGUCUACUGCCGCGAUCCUGAUGGCAAUCUGCGUAAGUCGUUGUUGAACAACAAAAGACCUGCCUAG